CUCUCAGCCUUGCUCGCUCUUUCCUUCAUCCCUCCUUCAACAACACAAUCAACAACAUGGUGACCGGCGUCGAGACCGCGGGGCUCAUCCUAGGCUCGAUUCCACUCAUUCUCGCCGGCUUGGAGUUCUACGGAAAAGGAAUUGCCGUCUCAAAACGCUACUGGAAGUACCGCGAGGGAAUUAAAAGCCUCGUCGUGGAGCUUCGGACAGAAAAUACGAUGUGCCUGAACUCGAUCAACAUGCUUCUUAUCGGCGUCGUUCGGCCGAAAGAGAUGGCGGACUUCCUAGCCGAUCCAUGUGGUGCUCAAUGGAAAGACGUGAAGUUCGACAAGAAGUUAAUGAACCGGCUCGGCACGACUUACGGUUCCUACAUCGGUACUAUCAUCUCGAUGAACUCGGCCCUGGGCACUUUUAAGCAGAGAUUGAAGCUGGAUGCUUCCGGAAAGCCUCAAUUUCACGACCAGAGCGCCUUCAAAGAGCAUUACAAAAGGCUUCGAUUCAGCCUCAAUAAAUCUGACUACGACGAUGUGAUGAGGUCAAUUCGGGCAGCGAACCUCGCCCUCUACCGAAUGACCACUCAAACCAUAUCCCUCGAAAACCUCUACAAUGCCAGCGCCAAGACAACCCGCCAGGCAAUGCCAAAAUUCCAAAGCAUUCACGACCGUGCGGAAGGCUUUUACUCAGCUCUCAGUUCUGGAUGGAAAUGUCCAUGUCACGCCGAUCACAGCGUGAAUCUUCGCCUCGAAUCCAGAAUGGAAGAGAUGUCGAGUGACGACAACAGCGAUAGUGAAGACGAGUCCAUGCAAGACCCAUUCCACGUCCUAUUUCGAUAUAGCCAGCACCACGUCAAGGAGCCCAACGCUCCCGUGACGUCUCCGUGGAUAUGGGAGGAAGCAGACGUAAGGAUCACACUGGAGGAGAAACGCUCACCCCCCUCGCAAAUUUGUCCUCCCCGCGGGGCCAAAGGAGUUCGAUUUGCAGCCCAGGCCAAGAAAGCUGUCAGGGCAGCUCUCGACCCGCACCCUAACCUACAGCCGAUCCAAGACUUAUGCGCUGCCAUUAGUACGCUCCAGAAACCGCAGCGAGAUGUCUGCCUCCCGCUUCUCGUCACUGAGUAUGCGAAGCAGAAAUAUGGGAUUCUCAUCUACCCCCACAAGGACCCACCGAUCGAUCCCGAGUCCUGGAGUGUAUCGUCUCUCCGCCAGAUAUUGCGCGACUCUAAGUUUACCCGCCAAGAUCGCCUGCGCUUAGCCGUCACCCUUGCCUCCAGCGUCUUGCAGCUGCACGAAACACCCUGGCUUGAAGAUUGGGGAAAAGGAAACAUAUUCUUCAUUGAACGCUCGGGCAGUAUCCUGUACAAUCACCCUUUCGUUUCGCAACAUGUCAAUCAAGGAGCGCAAGCAUCCCAAUCGAGUCCCAUACCUACCUCGAUGAGCCGGAUUAUCCGGAAUCCGACGCUCUUUUCUCUUGGGGUAUUUCUCAUCGAGCUCUGGUACGGAAAGUCUCUCCAAGAACUUCAUAAACCAGAGGAUGGGCCUAUAUCUUCGGGAGAUCUCAGUGCAGACAUGAGGACGCAAUGGUACACAGCGGACAGAAUAGUUGACGAACUCUAUAGCGACGCAGGCGAGAAAUACAGCGAUGCCGUGCGGAGAUGUAUACGGUGUAAUUUUGAUUGUCGAGCAAGCAGUCUGGAUGAUGUCGCAUUUCAGAAAGAGGUGUUUCAGCGUGUCGUUUCUCAGCUAAAAGAGAACUUCGACUUCCUGUACUGACGGGCCAUUCUCAGAAUUCAAAAUUUAAGAAUGAACCCCUUUCACACCCACUCUCAUCCCGUUGUAGGCCAACCUUGAAAUUGGAAUGAAGCGUUAAUCGCAAGCUGAACAUCGCUCUC